UUCAUGUAUUCAGUUUCGUGUUAUCUACCUCUGGUGUGUGGAUAGGGCCAGGUAACUUUCAAAAGUAAGUGCAUGCUAUCUGUCCUAGUACAGUUCAUCAGGAUCAACAUGCCACAACUGCUUACAGUUUCCUCUGAGGUGAAGCGUUUUGGAAGAAACAUGAACCAGCAGCGUUUGUUUGAGCUCUGGUUCUGUCUGCUGUCCGUGUGUUUCCUGGUCUGGCGCGGUCAGGCCCAGGUCCCUGAGCCAGCACAGUGCCUCGUCUCUGGGAUCUACAACCUGACCCAACCGAAGGUGGAGGGUGAGGAUGAGGGGAAGUGCUGGAGGGAUUGCGAUGCAGAGCCCGACUGCCACAUGGCAUUGAUAGUCAUACCACUCCGUGACAAAAAGCAGUGCCUGCUGGUCAACUGUCUGAACCAGACCAGAUACUCGUACACCCGACAUCCCAGCACAGAGAUCAGGGUUUACCCCAAGAGCACCAUUGACGACGAUCAAAGAUACUAUUUAAUGACAGAUGCAUAUGGACGAGCUGAUGAGACGCUUCAUUGUUCAGAGUUCAUGAAUUGUAGCAGCUGCCAGUCGGGGAUUCUCAGAUUCUUCUACAACAGGACCAGUUACAGGUGUGAGCGCUUCCACGCUGGCUGUGGGUCCAAUAGAAACUCGUUUGAAACCCAGGAAGGUUGUGAAGCCCUCUGCAAUAAAAAGUUUCGUUGUUAUCGGCCCAUGCAGUAUGGAGCAGGCAGCUCAAACAUUUCCAUGUUCUUCUACAACAUGAAGAGCCAGAGCUGUGAGAGAUUUAACUUCAACGGCUACGGGUCCAACGGGAACAUCUUUCAGACUGAGGAAGAGUGUGAGAACCUCUGUGGUGACAUUAAAGCUACUACAACAAGCCGACCUGCUGUGACUACAGCAGGUAUUUCACCUCCUGUAACCAGCAUCACUGCAGACACUACAGCUGUUGUUCCUACAGAGAAAACAGCUACUACAACCAGACGACCUGCUGUGACUAAAGCUACUACAACCAGACAACCUACUGUGAAAACUGAAGACAAGGACGGUUUCUUCUUUGUUGUGGUGGUUAUUCUGGCAGUUAUUCUGGUCAGUUGCCAGAUGUAUUGCAACCACAAGCAUCCAUCUUCUGGCAGCUACAGAAGAGUCGGGGUGAAGGCAGCAGAAAAAAUAAUGAAAAAGUCACCAGUAUGAAAAAAAAAACAUGUAAAAUUAAACGUGGACCUAAGUAAAUAGGGAAACAAAUGUGGAAACAAAUUUGUCAUUACAUAAAACAAACAAAUGCAUGCAAAUCGAAUAUUUAUUUAAUAUGAUUGUGGCAACAUUUACAUUUAUUUAAUGUACAUGUAAAUAUCCCCCCAUGUCCCUUUUGGACCACCAUACUGAUGGCUUUUUUCAUGCAACUUCUUUAUUUUGUAAGAAAGUACCAUUCUUUGAAUAAAAAACAUUCAAGUAAAAGCAAAGUGAC